UCACCGGCCCCGCGCCGCCCCGCGCGUCACCGAGCGCUUAAGAGAAAGUAGUGGCGGGGCCGGAGCCCGGCGGAGCCCGCGGAGCGGCCGUGGCAGGAGCAGGAACCGGAGCGCCGCCGCGCCGGCACCCGGAGAUGCCCUGCAUCCAGGCCCAGUGCAGCACCACGGGCGCCGGCCCCUGCGAGCGCUGCCCGGCCGAGCUCCUCAGCCCCGAGGGCGGCCGAUUCCCCAUGGAAGUGGCCGGAGCCGAUCUGGCGGCCGCCCCCGCCCUGCCCAGCUUCAGCACCUUCAUGGAGGGCUACGCCGGCGAGUUCGACGCCUUCCUCUACCAGCUACCAGCGAGCGGCCAGGCCAGCGCCGCCACCGCCUUCAAGCUGGAGGAUUUCCAGGUGUACGGCUGCUACCCCAGCGCCUUCGGGGGGCAGCCGGACGAGACCCUGUCCUCCAGCGGCUCGGACUGCUACGGGAGCCCCUGCUCCAUCCCCUCGCCCGCCACGCCCGGCUUCCAGCCCCCGCAGGCGCCGGGCUGGGAGGGCUCCUUCGGGGCGUACUCGCCGCUGCCGAACUAUGAGGCUGGGCAGCCCUGGGCUGAGCCAGCCAAGAGCGGGGGGUCGCAGCCCCCCUUCUUCGCCUUCGGCCCCCCGGCCCCCAGCCCUGCUGGCUCCCCGGCGACCCUGAAGGGGCAGCUCGGCCCCUCGCCCCGAGUGGACCCGCGGCUGCUGGACACGGACGCCUUCCCCCCGACCCAGGCUGCUCCCAGGGGUUUCGCGGGGCUGCCCCUGGCUCCCACCUCGCCGCUGCUGGAGGGGCCGGCGCUGGCGCCCAGCAAGGUGCGCAGCCCCGGGGCAGGUGAGGGGCGCUGCGCCGUCUGCGGGGACAACGCCUCGUGCCAGCACUACGGCGUGCGCACCUGCGAGGGCUGCAAGGGCUUCUUCAAGCGCACAGUGCAGAAGAAUGCCAAGUACAUCUGCCUGGCCAACAAGGACUGCCCUGUGGACAAGCGGCGCAGGAACCGCUGCCAGUUCUGCCGCUUCCAGAAGUGCCUGGCCGUCGGCAUGGUCAAAGAAGUGGUCCGGACCGACAGCCUGAAGGGGCGGCGGGGCCGUCUCCCCUCCAAGCCCAAGCAGCCGCCAGAUGCGUCCCCGGUCAGCCUCAUCACCUCGCUGGUGCGGGCACACAUCGACUCCAUCCCCAGUGCCACCAAGCUCGACUACUCCAAGUUCCAGGAGUCAGCCCCGUGCCCGUUUGAGAAGGAGGACUCUGUGGACGUGCAGCAGUUCUAUGACCUGCUCACCGGCUCCAUGGACGUCAUCCGCAAGUGGGCCGAGAAGAUCCAGGGCUUCACCGAGCUGCCCAAGGAGGACCAGGACCUCCUGCUGGAGUCAGCCUUCCUGGAGCUCUUCAUCCUUCGCCUGGCAUACCGCUCCAAGCCAGAGGAAGGGAAACUCAUCUUCUGCAACGGCGUGGUGCUGCACCGGCAGCAGUGCGUGCGUGGCUUCGGGGAGUGGAUCGAUGCCAUCCUCGAGUUCUCCCAGAGCCUGCACCGCAUGAGCGUCGAUGUCCCCUCCUUCUCCUGCCUCGCUGCCCUCGUCAUCAUCACAGACCGGCACGGGCUGAAGGAGCCGAAGCGGGUGGAGGAGCUGCAGAACCGCAUCGUGGGCUGCCUCAAGGACCACGUGGCAGCAGCAGGGGCUGAGCCUGGCCGCUCCAGCUGCCUCUCCAAGCUGCUGGGGAAGCUGCCCGAGCUGCGCAGCCUCUGCACCCAGGGCCUCCAGCGCAUCUUCUACCUCAAGCUGGAGGACCUGGUGCCGCCACCACCCAUCGUCGACAAGAUCUUCAUGGACACUCUGCCUUUCUAGUCCCGGGCAAGGGGCUGCCAUGAGCCCCUGACCCGCCUGGGGACAUCUGGGACCCGCCCUGGGCACCCCUGGUUCAGUCCACGGAUGCCUGGGAACGCCCUGGGCACCCCUGGGUCACCCCUGGGAUGCCUGGAACAUCCCCUGGGUACCCUAGAUCAGCCCGGGGAUGUUUGGGACCCCCACCCCGGGGUGACCCCCAGAAUGCCCAAAAACCACCUGGGCAUCCCUGGAUCACUCUUAGGAUGCCUGGAACCUGCCCUGGUCACUCCUGGAUCAGUUCUGGCAUGCCCAGGACAUCCCUGUGGACUCUUGAAUGACCUCUGGGACACCUGGGACCCCCUGGGCCAUUCCCAAGACUCCAUGUAUACCCCUGGAUCACCCCCAGAACACCUGGAACCCCCUCCUGGGUCAUCCACAGGAUGCCUGGGACCCCCUGGGCACCCCUAGAUCUCUCCUGGGAUGCCUGGGGCCACCCCUGCACCUCUCCAGGGAUGUCUGGGAUCCCCUCUGGAUCACUCCCAGGAUAUCUGGGUCCCCCCUCAGAUGCCUGAGUCUUCUUGGGGGCACCUUUGGGGGUGCCCCACGUGCCUUCACGGCCCAGGGUGCGGCCUCCCAGCAGCCCUGGUGCCGUCUUCCCCGGGGGCAUCGCCAGCGCGGUGCCCUCCUCCCCUGUAAAAACGCCCCUGAUGUAAAUAGCGCCGGCCGGGUCCUGUACAGAGCGGGGGGCGCGGGCGGGGGGUGGCUCCGGCCCCCUCACCCUCGACCCCUUCCCCUUUAUACAUAUUUUUGUGGGUUUCCCUCUUUUUGGCCAUUUUCUGUAUAUAAACUUGUACGUACAGUGAGA